GGAGGAGCGCUAAGUUUCAGCUGUCAUCCAGCAAGAUGUGGUUUAUUUAUGUGCUCUGCUGGCUGUCCCUGUUCAUUCAGGUGGCCUUCGUCACUCUGGCAAUAGCUGCCGGCCUGUACUAUCUAGCAGAGUUAAUAGAGGAAUAUACCGUUGCCACCAGCAGGAUUAUAAAGUACAUGAUUUGGUUCUCUACAGGUGCGCUGAUCGGUCUGUAUUUUUUCGAGAGGUUCCCCGGGAUCAUGAUCGGAGUGGGACUCUUCACUAACGUGGUGUAUUUCGGGUUAUUGCAGACGUUCCCUUUUAUCCUGCUGACAUCCCCCAACUUCAUACUAUCGUGUGUGCUGGUGGUGCUGAAUCACUACUUGGCUUUCCAGCAUUUCGCUGAAGAGUACUACCCGUUCUCAGAGGUUCUGGCUUACUUCACCUUCUGCUUAUGGCUCGUGCCGUUCGCCUUCUUCGUAUCGCUGUCUGCGGGAGAAAACGUGCUUCCAUCUACGGUCCAGCAUGGAGAUGAUGUCGUGUCCAACUAUUUCACGAAGGGUAAAAGAGGAAAACGCUCGGGAAUAUUGGUCAUCUUCUCCUUCAUCAAGGAAGCCAUCCUGCCCAGCAGGCAGAAAAUCUACUAAUCUCAUCGGCUGCCGGGACAAUGUGGAGAGAACCUGUGUAAGGCAGCCAUGCUGAAUCACAUGACAGAGCCAGCGGACAAGAGCGAGCAGGAUCACGAGAAGCGGCUUCUACUGGACGCCUGGCCUCGGCCUUCUAGACACUUGAAAGCUUUCUAAUUUAUUAGGGAG